CUGGCUGGUUCCCGAUUCCCGCGUCCUAAUGUGCGCAGGGGCCCCGGAGCCCCCGUUCUUGCGCCCGCCCUUGUCCCCGCCGGCAGAGUUAGCACAGCAUCAGCAUGAGCUGGUCACCUUCCCUGCCAACCCAGACAUGUGGGGCCUGGGAAAUGAAAGAACGACUUGGGACAGGGGGAUUUGGAAAUGUCAUCCGAUGGCACAAUCAGGAAACGGGUGAGCAGAUCGCCAUCAAGCAGUGCCGGCAGGAGCUCAGCCCCCGGAACCGCGAGCGCUGGUGCCUGGAGAUCCAGAUCAUGAGGAGGCUGAACCACCCCAAUGUGGUCGCCGCCCGGGAUGUUCCCGAGGGGAUGCAGAACUUGGCCCCCAAUGACUUACCCCUGCUGGCCAUGGAGUACUGCCAAGGAGGGGACCUCCGAAAGUACCUGAACCAGUUUGAGAACUGCUGCGGCCUGCGGGAAGGAGCCAUCCUCACCUUGCUGAGUGACAUUGCCUCUGCGCUUAGAUAUCUGCAUGAAAACAGAAUCAUCCACCGGGACCUAAAGCCAGAGAACAUCGUUCUGCAGCAAGGAGAGCAAAGAUUAAUACACAAAAUUAUCGACCUCGGAUAUGCCAAGGAACUGGAUCAGGGCAGUCUUUGUACUUCCUUUGUUGGGACCCUGCAGUACCUGGCCCCGGAGCUGCUGGAGCAGCAAAAGUACACGGUGACCGUCGACUACUGGAGCUUUGGCACCCUGGCCUUCGAGUGCAUCACGGGCUUCCGGCCCUUCCUUCCCAACUGGCAGCCUGUGCAGUGGCACUCGAAAGUCCGGCAGAAGAGUGAGAUGGACAUCGUCGUCAGUGAGGACUUGAAUGGAGCGGUGAAGUUUUCAAGCUCUCUGCCCUACCCCAACAACCUUAACGGCGUCCUGGCACAGCGGCUGGAAAAGUGGCUGCAGCUGAUGCUGAUGUGGCACCCCCGACAGCGGGGCACAGACCCCGCAUAUGGGCCCAAUGGCUGCUUUAAGGCCCUAGAUGACAUCUUAAACCUGAAGCUGGUUCAUAUCUUGAACAUGGUCACGGGCACCAUUCACACCUACCCAGUGACGGAGGAUGAGAGUCUGCAGAGCUUAAAGGCCAGAAUCCAGCAGGACACGGGGAUCCCAGAGGACGACCAGGAGCUGCUGCAGGAGGCGGGUCUGGCGUUGAUCCCGGGCAAGCCAGCCACGCAGUGCAUUUCAGACAGCAAGUUAAAUGAGGGCCGCACGCUGGACAUGGAUCUUGUUUUUCUCUUUGACAACAGUAAAAUCACCUACGAGACUCAGAUCUCCCCACGGCCCCAACCUGAAAGUGUCAGCUGUAUCCUUCAAGAGCCCAAGAGGAAUCUCUCUUUCUUCCAGCUGAGGAAGGUGUGGGGCCAGGUCUGGCACAGCAUCCAGACCCUGAAGGAGGAUUGCAACCGGCUGCAGCAGGGACAGCGAGCCGCCAUGAUGAAUCUCCUCCGGAGCAACAGCUCCCUGUCCAAGAUGAAGAAUUCCAUGGCGUCCAUGUCUCAGCAGCUCAAGGCCAAGCUGGAUUUCUUCAAAACCAGCAUCCAGAUCGACCUGGAGAAGUACAUUGAGCAAACCGAGUUUGGGAUCACUUCAGAUAAACUGCUGGUGGCCUGGAGGGAGAUGGAGCAGGCCGUGGAGCUGUGUGGGCAGGAGAACGAAGUGAAGCACCUGGUGGAACGGAUGAUGGCGCUGCAGACGGACAUUGUGGACUUGCAGCGGAGCCCGAUGGGCCGGAAGCCCGGGGGGACGCUGGACGACCUAGAAGAGCAAGCCAGAGAGCUGUACAGGAGACUGAGGGAAAAACCACGAGACCAGCGCACCGACGGCGACAGUCAGGAGAUGGUGCGGCUGCUGCUGCAGGCCAUUCAGGGCUUCGAGAAGAAAGUGCGAGUGAUCUACACGCAGCUCAGCAAAACUGUGGUGUGCAAGCAGAAGGCUCUGGAGUUGCUGCCCAAGGUGGAGAAGGUGGUGAACUUAAUGAAGGAGGACGAGAAGACGGUUGUUGGGCUCCAGGAGAAGCGGCAGAAGGAGCUCUGGAACCUCCUGAAGAUCGCCUGCAGCAAGGUCCGAGGUCCUGUCAGUGGGAGCGGGGACAACAUGAAUGCUUCUCGACUGAGUCACCCUGGUCAGCUGAUGUCUCAGCCCUCGGCAGCCCCCAACAGUUUACCUGAGUCAGCCCAGAAAAGUGAGGAACUGGUGGCUGAAGCUCAUACCCUCUGCACCCAGCUAGAAAGUGCCAUGCAAGACACCGUGAGAGGGCAGGACCAGAGUUUCACGACUCUUGACUGGAGCUGGUUGGAGGAAGAAGAGCAGAGUAGCCUGGAGCGGCCUUGUGACGUGGGGGGGCCUUGACCCUUCGGCGUGGGGCUGACGGCGGCUUCUGCUGCAGAGAUGUCCUAGCAGUCUCCGGCACCCAGGCGGAGCUCUCACUUCUCCAGCAGCUGGGACCUUCACCCUGGACCCAGGGCGUGGCCCUCCGCAGCUGCCACCUAGUCUGCACACUGGAAGUCUCUGUCCAGAGGCCCAGCACACAGUGAUGGGUGAUGCCUGUCACGAGCAUUCAGGGAACAGCCACAGCAGCUACUUCCUCUGCUGUGACAAAGUGCUCAAAGUACGAUUUGCCACAAAGAUGACUGGACAGAUGUCUCACUCGAGUCGUUGAGGACAGAGUCUGAACUUGGUGCCAGCCUGUCCUCUUCUGGUCUCCAGAGACCCUGAUCCCCGUACCACCUCUCACCUUGCAGCUAGCGUUUCAUCUGGAUUCAGCUUCUCCUAAACAGACGUUUUAAUUAUAGCCUUGGCCUGGCCCCAUCCUCUCUUCCUCUUUUCAUGUCACUGCUGCUCAUGUUUUAUUUUUACCUACUACUUUGGCGGUCGUCCUUUUAGCAAAAUCAUAGCGAAUACCCAGCCUGUCUGUGGUCCUUUCAGUCACAGAGUGACUCGCUGUAGCCCAGAUGGAAGAGCAAUUGCCUUCUUUUUAGUCCCAAAGAUUAGCUGGGAGUGCGUCAUCAUGGGGAAUGAGGCAGGAAGGAAAGGGCGUCUGCCAGCCACUGGCUGCGGACCACCGUGCUCAUAGUUCUUGCCGAGACAAGAUGCAGCUGCGUGGGGGGUGGGGGGAUGGGGUGUCCUGUCUCUCCCUCAUCUAGCAGUAUUAGUAAAUGGAUUUAUUUUAAAAGCAGUUUCUACAUUUUGUAACAUGACUCAAGCACUUAAAUACUGGGUUCUCCAGUCCACUUUUACCAUACCUAUGGUUAGGACUUGUGUACUAAAGUAAUGGAAAAUUUUAUAAAAUUAUUUAGUGCCUGGGUGAACAACAGUGCUAAAGCGCUGCUGCUUCAACAUUUUGCGGCACCUCUCUUUUAUAUAAAAGCAAGAGUGCAAAAGGAGUUCAGGUGAUCACACACGGGUGAGUUUGGUUGGAAAAGAGAGUUGGAGAAUCUCACCCACCGGUUUCCAUGGAGAUACUGUGAUGCGUUCUGUGGUCAAGUAAGUUUAAGAAGCAGUUCAUGUUUUAAUUGCUUUUUGGGGAUUUACAUUGUACACUGGUAAAAUAU